AUGCCUGCUAUCAUGUCGGAGACUACCAAGCGGAAAGCGUCGGAGGAGGCGCUCUCCCCGGAUUCCCAGCAGCGGAGCAAGAAGGCGCGCACUGACUCACCCGAGAAGGACCCAAAGAUCGAAGAUGGUUCGAUGGACAAGCCCCCGAUGAGAAUCGUCCCCUUCCCGGAGAAGCCUGCGGUUUUAGAAGAACGUCGCGGGGAAAUCGAGUUUCGCGUGGUCAACAACGAUGGCUCGCGGGAUAGCUUCGUGGUCUUGACCGGACUGAAGUGCAUUUUCCAGAAGCAGCUCCCGAAAAUGCCCAAGGACUAUAUUGCGCGAUUGGUCUACGAUAGAUCGCAUCUGUCUAUAGCCAUUGUCAAGCAUCCCUUGGAGGUCGUCGGGGGGAUCACAUACCGGCCGUUCAAUAGUCGCAGAUUCGCCGAGAUCGUCUUCUGUGCUAUCUCUUCCGACCAACAAGUCAAGGGAUAUGGCGCGCAUCUGAUGUCACAUCUGAAGGAUUACGUCAAGGCGACAUCGGACAUCAUGCAUUUCCUCACCUACGCCGAUAACUACGCCAUCGGGUACUUCAAGAAGCAGGGCUUUACGAAGGAGAUCACGCUCGAUAAGUCUGUAUGGAUGGGAUAUAUCAAAGAUUACGAGGGAGGUACUAUCAUGCAGUGCACUAUGCUUCCUACGAUACGGUACCUCGAGAUUGGUCGCAUGCUUCUAAAGCAAAAGGAGGCGGUUCAUGCGAAGAUCCGCGCCUUCAGUCGAUCACAUAUUAUACAUGCGCCACCCAAGGAGUGGAAGAAUGGGUCGUGUAAGAUCGAACCGCUGAACAUCCCGGCCAUCAAGGAAUCGGGAUGGUCACCGGACAUGGAUGAAUUGGCGCGACAACCACGCCACGGACCAAACUACAACCAACUAUUACACCUUCUCAACGACAUGCAGAACCACAGUGCGGCGUGGCCUUUCACCCAGCCAGUCAACCGCGACGAGGUGCCCGAUUACUAUGAAGUUAUCAAAGAGCCGAUGGACCUGUCGACUAUGGAAGAGAAACACGAGAAGGACAUGUACCCAACACCACAAGACUUCACCAAAGAUGCCAUGUUGAUUUUCGAUAACUGCCGGAGAUACAACAACGAGAACACGCCCUAUGCAAAGAGUGCUAACAAACUCGAGAAGUUUAUGUGGCAGCAGAUACGAAAUAUUCCCGAGUGGUCGUGA